CUCAAUACGUACUAGGCGACAAUCGCAAUAUUUAAAUUGUGUUCACGCUUUGUGGGGUUCUCGAGUUCCAUAUGUACAUUCAUUUGUCAACAUUCUAAACAACAAAACGUUUCUAGACGGCCAAGUAUAAAGACUAAACCUCAUCAUGGAGCAUGAAGAGUAUGCUCGUGAGCUGGCUGCUCAUUACAAAAUCAGUCCACAAUUGCCUUAUCACUCCAUCAUUGAAGAACUAAAGAAUGUUCUUGAUUCCAAGCGUUCGGAUUUGCAGAAAUUAUACAAAUUGAAAGCUGGAGUUCAAAAGCUCCGAGAUGCUGCAGGAAAGAGUGUAUCUGCUGUCAUGCCUUCAAGCAAUGACUUCACGAGCGGACCCAAUUUUACUGGGUCCAAAGAAGGCCAUACACUGGAUCGGAAAUCUAGUCGAGUCACUACAUCAGCGGUUAUUAAAAGUAUUAACAGUGAUGUUCAAGAUCUUGCAGAGGAUAUCUGUGAUUUGGAGACAUCACUUCUUUUACUGAAGCAUUGUCAACCCAGUUUCGACCAACAAAGUGCUGUGAUAAAGUCAGCCAACCGUAGUGACAGUAUUGAACAACGCCUCACAGAGCUACAGAAAGCGUUGGAUAUAGAGCUGCAGGUUCGCAGUGGGGCAGAGCGUCUGAUCCAAACGUACAAAUCGGGCCCUCGUCAUUUUCUCGAGGAAGCUAGGAAGCAGUAUGAAAAUGCUAAUAAUAAAAUCGGAUUUAUUCGAAAUCAGAUGAUUCGCGUCAAGCAAAUGAAUGAAGGGUUCUGCCAGGCAGAUACCUCGUCCCUUGGAUCGCGUUCGGAAAAUACAUCUGAUACAACUAAAGCAAAUGGCUCCAUAAAUACAUCCUCUUCUGUUUCCAAUCACCAAGAGAGUUUUCUUAUAUGGAAAGAUAAAGUAAUGGAAUUAGCCCACCGUUUGCGAGUUGAAAGAGCUUUAUUCGUGGGGAGUAAGAAGGCUGUUAAUGCCGUUUUAGACAACCAAAUUCAUGUGGACAAAUCUAGAAAGUUACAGGUAAGGUUUUUCUCGUGCCUAAUUCCAUCCCUCAAUGUAUUUAGAUCAUUAACGACUGGCAUAGCUAAGAUAAAGACGUCAUCUCAUUUUUUGACAUGUCCCAAUACACCCCUUUUUAAGUAACUACGGAAUGCAUGACAAUAUAAUUCUGUCGUAGUUUAUUUACAUACUAGAGAUACAGUGUUAUCUGUUGAACGAUCAAAAUUUGUGUAUAAAUUUAUUCACUUAAACAUAAACAUAUGCACAAGGAAGGGGGCACCAAAAUAUUUACUUACCGCACAAAAAUAAGGUUGUGAAGAGAUGGAAAAAAGCAAGUGUAAUAAAAUAAAACAAGUAAAUAGAGAUUGGUGUGUGAAGCAAUAAUAAUAAUAAAGUGGAUGAAGCAGUUGAGAUCAAACUGAAGAAAACGGAAAUAGAAACAUAAAGGAAUUGAGAAUCGGAAGAAUUAUGAAGGAUGUAAAGGACAGUUGAUGGAAGAUUUGCAAAUUAAGUAUUUAAUGUAUGGUUUUCACAUUUUACCAAAGAACUCUGCAAUUUGUAUCAAAGAAUAAGUUGGUUAUCCCCACCUGGGUUUGCUUUCACUAUAGACUCAUCACCUGAUAGUUGUCGCAUAAGUGACAUGAACCCUUUUUAAAGAUAGGGACAACUAUCGACUCAUUCCACUAUGUUGGAACACUCUCUUAUUCCCAUACAUUUGUGAAAAACUCAGUUCCUUAUCCAGAAGGUCGCCACCAUCUUUAGAAAGAGCCGGAGGUAAGCCAUCAGGCAAUUUGCAUCGCUUCGAGGAUUGGAGAUCCUUUGGACUUCCUCCUCGUUUGGUGGAUCGGUCAUCACCGGUCAUGUAGGACAGGGAUUUUGAUUAUCCAAGAUGUCAGUAGAUUUCAUUGUUGGGCAUUCCAUCAGCUACACAGAUUGCUUCACUCACAUCAGAUCUCUUGUUGCCAAUGACUUGGCUGAGUUGGAAGAGCUUCUGGCAACUACCAGGUGCAAUUGUUGCUCCCGGCUCGAUAGCACGUUCCCAUCACCAAGCUUCUCAGUCUUUACUCAAACUUUUCACAGUUUCAUUACGUAACAACUUUCGUUUAUCGUCAAACUCGUAAUUACUCGAAGUGGACCAAAGUGCUUCUACAAGUUGUAGGGAUCUUGUAGAAACCAGGAGCUGGGACGUUUCGCGAAGCGUCUAGCGGCUUUACUCGUCAUUUUCGUGGCUUAUACGUAGUUUUGUGACAACAAAACUUAUGAAUACUGUAGUACAGCAGUUCUUUAUAAAUCUGUUAGGUGGCACUAUUUCAUUGUUUAGUAUGUAAAGUGAAUUGGCCGCCAUUGAAUAUUCUUAUCUUUCAUUAUGCUGAUUUGUUUUGCUGUAUUAUUACAUGUAGUAUUCAAUGAUGAGUAGAAUAGAUCUCUCAUUACGCCAUGCCACUACGAUUGGCUUAGAUACUUGUGAAGAAUAUGUCUGGUGAUCUAUACUUGUUCCACUAUAUUUCGUCACAUAUGUUGCUGUUGAAUACUUACUCAGCCUUGGGCCUAAUUUUAAACAUGCAGCGUAGCUUAUUUAGAUCUUUAGGUUCAAUAUGCUACCGUUUAUACUUCCUCUUUGUUGUUUGCAUCCCAUAGUAAUAAGGAAUAACUAAACGUGAUGAUACAAUAAGUCAUUAGUAUUUAGUGAAGUGAUGGGUUUUCAGUUUAACUAACUAAUGACUAAUACUAACAAUCUAAUUAAUAUUUCCGUCACAGUAUGUCGUAUUUUCUUUCUAAAAAAACAAGAUUAUUUCAGGAAUUCUUAGCAGUAAUAUAUUUCUGAUACUUAGACAUCACUAUCUGUUAUAUAAGAAAUAUGUCGGUUAAUAAUCUCUUCGGUGCAUAUGUUUAAUAACUGUUCUACUUAAUUAGUGUUACUGGGUAAUAGUGGUUUUACUUAUACUCCGGUAGUCGAAAAUUGUGUGAACUAGAAAGGAUCUAUGAUCUAUAGGUGUAUGAUGACUCUAUGAGUCGAUGUGUAUGUGCUUGAAGUAGUAACUGGGAAUCAAUGACCAAUAAGUGUAUCAUAGAAAACAAAAUAAUGUCGUUUCAGAGCAGUAGCGAAGAGAAAAUCGUAAGAUAAUUAGAUCAAAACAUUCACCAACAAAGUUCAAUUCAGAACAUAACGAAUAUAAAUUUCACUUGUAAAAUAUAUCUUACUGUAUAUUCAGAAAGUAAACUAAAAGUACGGAAGGAUCCCCAGUGACUUUUAGUUUGAAGUGAUAGUAAUACGACAAAUAUUACAAAUCGAGCCGCAAACAUAAUCUUAUUUACCCAAGAAGUGUUAAUACAACAUAACUGUCCGCUAUUACCCAAAUUUGUUUCAUGAGCUAAUUUUUUUUUAUCAAGUAAUGUUUUUAGUUCGUAUAUUACUGCACGACGAAAGGAUGCUAUUCAGUUACUUGGAGUUAAUUAUUCUAUCUUAAAGUAACGGCUUUACAGCAAUAUCAAAUACCUGGUUCAGAGCUAUCUAUAGGAUUUCAUCAAGAAUAAAUUUGAAGGGAAAUCGUUUAAUCGGACAGUCGUGCCUUACUCUGCGAUUGAGUUAUUUGGUCGUAUGCAAUAACACUUCUUGAGGAUCUUUGAUAUUUUGUAAUCAAUGCAUAUUCUCAGAGUUAGAUAAAAUCCUGUAGAUAAUUCCACAAUGUAGUUUUGUUUAAUGAGUCAAAAACAUCAUUAAUGCCUUAGAGUUUUGUAUGAGUGAUGGUAUUAAGAGUUGUAAUGUGGAAAUAUGAUCAUUAGAUACGAAAUCGGAUAGAAAUUCAACCAGGUCCUUUUGGUUAGUUCCCACGUACAUGGGAAAUGAAUUAAUAUGGAGACAACCUAUAUAUAUAAUUAGUGUUGGACACUUACUGUAAUAGUUGUCGCACCCAGUUAACUAUAUUAUUUACAAACAUCUACUUAGUUUGUUGGCUAAAAUUUUGUUUCUAUUCUUAAAAACAACAGAAAGUUGCUUAUCUGAUCAGUUUCUUGUUUUUAAUGAUAUAAAUUGAACAUCCGCGUCUUCCAGGUUAGCCAGAUAAGUUUCUAAGACAAUUGAAGUUAACCGAACUGUUUUCAACAGUCUUUGAAGAUCGUUAUUGAGCCUGCCGUCCACCUCACUGAAUUUUUCUAAAGUUCUUUAUUUUUGACAGCCUUUCUUUGUUUUGGGCAUGUGAUACGUUAUUUAAACGUAAAUAAUAGUUUUCCCUGUACAUUCACCUUAGACUAAUCACUUAACGAAAGCGAACGUAAAAACUGAGAUAAUGUAAGUCAUACCGAAAUGGCAAAUCAGUUCAGCUUAUCGUAUUUCGUAUCGAUACAGCGAAGUCAAGUAUGCAAAAAGCAAAUUAUGUUGAGAAAACUGAUCCCGACAUUAAUAAAGGCAAAAACAAGACAGACUCAGAAACUUAGUCUAUGCAAUAUCCAACAGCUAGUAUGAAAUCGUAUGAUUGUAACCUAAAAUUUUCUCAUACUAUCUUAAACAUCUAGGCAAAGUGAAUAGUAUCUGUAAUACGGAAGUUGUCUCAGUAGUUUAGUUCGUUUACAUAUUUACUUUGAGCUGCAUGUGAAAUAUGAGGUAAGUUCGCUUACUGUGAGAUAUACCUAUAUUAAUUAUCUAAGCUGAAGUAGCUAACCUGUGCUUAAACUUGUGAUCUAAUGGUUGAGUAUCAGGUACUCAUACUAUUGUGACACUGAACAACAUGUACUAUCCGGCUUUCCAAGCAUAUAUGAAAGGGGAACUCUUUCGCUUCGUACCUGUAGAUUUCCUAGAGCAUUUAAUAGAAUUUUAUGCUUUUUUAUAUCCGAAUCUCAGUAAUAUGUUAACUUAUAUCAGUUCGGCAAUUUAUUAUUUUCUACAGGCGUUACAAGAGGCUCGUGAAUCUCUCCAUAGACUUUAUUUGUUUCAAGAAUCAAUCAAACCGCUUUUAAAGAGACCUCCACCAACACACUUUCCCGAGAUGAUUUCUUCUAUUGUCGAUGACCCUGAAAUGACUGUACUUUUAUCCUCACCUUGGAGUAAUACUACAUUUCAUGGCAAUAGCUCAUUGUUAAUUCCCAGUCCACCAACUGCGAUCACUGGAAGUUUGGAGGUUCGUUGCUUAGGUUGUCAGGAUAUCGUUGAUCAUUUUCCAGCUGAGAUUGUAAAUAAUGAACUUUCUGGCACAUCAACAUCCCGGGUUCACUCUGUUCCAUCAGUUAUGACAUCUCGCACAUCUGAGAAUCACUGGGUGGAUGUUCGAUGCUCUUUAUUGAUUGAUCAUAAACGUGUAUGGGACUCACCUUGGCGGCAACCUAAUCAGCAGUGUUGGGACUCAAAGACUACAUUUAAUAUCGAUCGUGGCAAAGAACUGGAAGUCCAGGUAUAUUGGAAGCGUACGUUUCUUCCAAGCUCUGUUACCACUCCUUCAGGAUCCUCUGCUUCAUCCAAAAGUGGUUCGUCUGAGGAUUCUGGUUCUGGAUUAGAGUGGGUUUUAGCAGCCGUAAAGUAUGUUAUUCAUUUUUAAAGUUUGAUAUAUCUUCGACUUUUUCUACUCCUCAAAUUAAAUUGUUUUCAAAUUUCAUUCUAGUUAUGUACGCCUUGAAGAAUUACUUGGUGGCGAAUCACGUUCUGUAAUGCUUCCUAUGUUACCAAUGGGGAAAGUUUUCCUUGUCCUUAAAUUCUCUGAUCCUCUUCUUUCUAAACCUCGAUGCGGCUUACAUCGCCAGAAACGCUUAUUUUCCAAGCGCAAAGGAAACAAUAUUCCUCGUAUUAAUGAACUUGAUAUGAAUAUACCCUUAUGGACUCGUUUGCUUAAAAGCGGUCAGUUAUCUAAAAUGAGUCGUUCCGUUGUUAGUGGUUCAUGGACACUUAGUCAUUCAAAAGAAUUUGGAUCUUCAGGAUCUGUAAUGAUGCAUGGUCUAGAGGGUCGCUUCCAACAGCUUAAUACAUCUCUUAGCGGUUCACCAGUUUCUGCUCAGGUGAGUUUUACUAUUAUUUUAUUUAUACAUGAUUUGAACAUAUUAAUGAUAUUAAUCACCCAAUUUCGAAAAAAUGGAGAGCAUAUAAAUCGGCCUAACCAAUAAAGCCUUGAAAAUUAUACUCAUUUGUGUUAACCAAGUUAUUAAUGUUCUAUUAUGACAACCAGAUUUAGAUACUUUGUGUUUUUAUAGUUGACUAAUUCCCAUAAAACGGUGGACUAUGUUGUAAGCUAUUUCUAUAGAUCCUUUCUAUUGUAUAAUGUUUCGUUUUAUAACUCAAAGCCUAGUACAAUAAACACCGGAACACACUCUAAUGUCUUUCAUCAUGAAUAUUUGACUGAUUCAGGCACUUUAUAUGAGGAAUUAUAAUACGCACAACUCGUCCAUAUUCAGAUGUAGUUAACUUGACCCGAUAAAUGUCACCUCGAGUAUUAACCUUUGACCCAUCGGAGAAUUUCGUUCUUCAGCACCAGUCACUCAUAGAGUCGCACUUCUACAGAGUCAUUACACAACCUUGAUUGUCAUGUGAAUUUGGGAAAUCCUUUCUAAUCUUUUUGGAUGUCAUGUGCUACGUCAGAAUGAAAUAAAAAGACUUUUAGAGGCAUAAAAAUGAGAAAAAUCGUACUACCGACUAUAAUAAGAUUAUAUAGGGAAAUUUCAGAUUAAGAAUGACAGCACAAUCAUCACUUAGUUUUAUUCUGAGUCUUGUCUGAAAACUGACUGACUUUUCCAAACACAUGGUCUUGUAGUGUCAGCGGAUUCCAUCUAAAGUCACGAUGAGCCCAAUGAUCUUAAAUCAGUGUAUUAAUACUUAUUAUGCAGCCAGAUGUGAGUUAAUGUGAAUUACCGAAGCUAAUCUAAAAGCGUUUAUAAAUAUUGUAAAUUACUUCCUAAUUAUCAUAGUUCGAUACAUUCCAUAAGACAGGUUAUUCUUGAUAGGACAAAUAAUUUUUAAAGCCAUUGUCUCUGUUAAGUUUGUUCCUUCUCCUUUGGCUAAUGACUUUGUUUACUUUAAUAUCUGCGUUUUUUUUUAUUUUCUCUUGAGCUAUGGAAAAGUGUGUUGAUUUAAAUUAACGAAGGUUUGCACGAGAUCUCAUGAUAUUCUGUUUGUUUUUCCAAUUACUAAUUUCGUAUUAUCCCUUAGUAGAGAACAUACUUAUCUAGGACUUUCGAAAGAAAUGGACUUUACUGUAUUUCGCCCGACCGAAGCUGCUACCUUGACGUGGUGGCCGGGCUUGCCUAUCGUGAUGACCCAACUGAGUUAUAUUGGCUGGAACAUAUGUUCCUGUAGGUUAUACCAUGUCAGGCAGGUCGAUUGGAGAACGGUAAGACUAAAAGCAGCAACUCAAGGUCUGAGGGCGAAGUCGUACUGCUGACGGCAGUGGGGUGUGACAGCAGUAAGGUGUUUCCCUCGGACAACCAGCAUCUGCAGCGAUGCUGCCUUCCCUCAAGGAGGGGUGGGGUUAGAAAAGGUCGACCCUAGAAAUGUCACGCCCCACCUACCUCACGGAUUUCCGUCUCCGGCGGUAAGGCUUUUUGUAGAACGGAGCUAACACAUUAAAAACCUUCCACGAAAAGGCCGUGCGCGAUCGGCCUCAAGCAGUUGUCCCUUGGGCUCUGCGGUCACACUCCCAGGUCGUUAAGACCAACACUAAUCCAAUUUCCUUUUCAGGUUCCUCAAGAAAUACCCUUCCACGGUGUAGGCAGCUGGGAAGUGAUAUCAGCCCUCAUACCCGUAACAGCACACGAGACCAAGUUGGUCCCAUUCAAAUCCUUCCUACACCUCCUAAUGCCUCUCUUAUCUCCAUGACUUACCCUCCUCACGUCUCUUUAUCACCUCGCACCGCUAGGGCGGAACGUUAUUCCUGGUCUCCUAAAACCACGCUCUAAACUACACGUAGGAGCUUUUAACGUCCGAAUACUGCCAAAUAGGACAGCAGGCUCCCUUAGCUAGGACUUUAGAAUCCCGCGCCAUCGAUAUGUGCUGCGUCUCGGAAACGCGCAUACAAGAUCCGAGUAGCGUCAUUCAUUUGACGUCAUCAUGCCAAAAUAAAGAACCGACUCGAUUCACACUUUGUGUAUCUGGAAUCCCUGAUACUGCUUCCCGUAGCCUCGCUGGAGUAUGUAUAGCAUUGAAUUAGCUCUCUUAGACUGGAUCCCAGUAGACAGUCGUUUGUGCGCUGUCCGACUGAACGGGACAGUAAGGAUCCGAAAAGAUAGAGACACUCAUUGUUGCCUCUUCGUCGUCUCUGCCUAUUCUCCAACUGACUGCAGCGCAGAUGAUGUAAAAGAUGAGUUUUACGGAAAGCUCUCCAACCUUCUCCGAAAAGCUAGGCGCUUGGAUGUAGUAAUAGUGGCCGGUGACUUUAAUGCUCAAGUAGGUAAACUAAGCGAUAGGAGAGGACACCUGGCUGGGUCUUAUAGCAUCGUGGCUCAAAGAACAAAUAAUGGCGACCGUCUGUUGCAGCUAUGUUCAGAUAACCGCCUGUUCCUUGCAAAUACUAACUUUAAGCAUAAGGAAAAACAUCUUUCAGACACACAUUCAGACGCCCCACAAUCGUAGUAUUUCUCGACCUUAAGGCGGCAUUCGACUCUGUUGAUUGUGAGGUUCUAUGGCAGUGUUUGUCACUGAAAGGAGUACCAAAGAAGUACAUUAACCUUGUAAAGGCUCUCUAUUCGAACACAACUGGGAGAGUGAGAGCUUAUGGCGAACUGUCAUCAGAAUUGAUUACCUCAAGUGGUGUUCGUCAGGGCUGUCCACUCUCUCCGUUCUUGUUUAACUUUGUCGUUGAUGUGCUUUUAGUGAUGACACUUUCCUCAUCUAAAUUUCCAGGGGUUAAACUUCUACCAGGAGAUUCACUUGUUGACUUGAAAUAUGCCGAUGACAUAGUUUUAUUUGGUGAAGACGCUGACAAAAUGUAGAGUCUUCUGACCACUAUAAGCAACAAUGCAAGCAUGUUCGGGAUGCGAUUCUCCCCCUCGAAAUGCGAAAUCCUGCUACCGGAUUGGGUUACAUCGGCACCUGAACUAAUGAUAGGGAGAGAAGUAGUUGAGAGUGUCGACCGCUUCACUUAUCUUGGGAGUUUCAUCAGCCCUUGUGGUCUGGUGUGUUAUGAAAUCUCAGCACGGAUACAGAAGGCUCGACUGGCUUUUACCAACUUGCGUCAUUUAUGUUGUAGUCGAGAUAUUCGUCUAUCAACCAAAGGACGGGUUUACUGCGUAGCAGUUCGUUCCUACAUUAUGGCUGUGAAACAUGCCCGGUAAGAGUAGAGGACAUUCGUAGGUCACUAGUAUUCGAUCAUAGGUAUCUUCGAAGCAUCGCUCGUAUAUUCUGGGACCAUCGAGUAAGUAACACAGUUGUUAGGAAACGGGUACUAGGUAAGGAUGGUAAAUCAAUUGACGAAGUAGUUAAAUUUCAUCAGUUGAGAUGGCUGGGGCACGUGUUACGUAUGCCCAACCAUUGACUGCCUCGAUCUGCGAUGUUUUGUUGUAUAGAAGUAGAUUGGAAGAAAGCUAGGGGUGGCCAGACCAAAACAUGGCACAAGUCCAUGAAGUCACUGACAAGUAGACUGAGUCAUAUUGGUAGGUGUAGACUACGUGGUUGGGGACCGCGAGAUGAUAGCAACCGAUGGUUAGAGACCUUGGAUGACAUGGCUCAAAACCAUUCGCAAUGGCGCAGGUGCAUCCACUCUUUGUGUUCUCCCAAAUUCUAAUCUUCUGAAUUCUUCAUGUCCCUUUCUUUUUUCUCUUUCCAAAUUUAUUUCACUGUAUUAUACUCGAAUAACAUCUUCAGACCCUAAUUUUAAUGAUUACAGCUUAUAAUUUUACUACAUCUACCACCACGGGAUUUGAAUCGACCACUGCAUCUCUGUGCUAAUGUGGUGUGGCAACUCGAACUGAUGUACGUCCGUACGAAGUUCUACGUUGUUACUGACUGACUGACUGACUUACUUUAUUUCGGCAUGAGAUUUAAUAAUAAGACUGACCUGCUCGUGAAACUGUGUUAUUUGUUCGUUGGUUUACAUCACUAAUUACUUUAAGUGGAGUUUUUCACUUGCUUGAUAUUUCCACUGUGAAUAAAAAAUAGGGUGAACAAAUUCCCAUAAUUAUCGAUAUGUUUUGAAUGCGUUUGUAAUCCCACCGACUUAUGCAUACUCUUAUGGACAGCUCUACCUAUCUGCGUAGUGUUUUAAAGUACCCAUAAUUAUAAAUCUAUUGUUCUGUAAAUACUUGAAACACUAUUGUAUAGACUUUGAUUCUUCUCUCCCAUACCUAUAGAGAUGGAGUUCCUAAAUUUGUUAAUUUCUGCUUUAUAUUGCCUAUCUAUUUUAAUUUUGAGUCACUCCUAUAUCAUAUUUUUAUCAUGGCGUUGUGAACCAAUUUUUUUGUUUCAACAUCAGUUUCAUAGCUUACUCUGUAUGAUUCUUAGUAUGCCAUAAAUGUAUAUUGCUCACUGUUCAAGUAGAAAAAAACUAUAUGUCUUGUCUUUAUUUCUAUACUAUGAUGAUGUUCAACUUGGAGAAUGCAUUUAUCACGGAAAAUCACUUCAUACUGAAAAUUUGUGAAGAUCGCUGAGAUUUCCAAUGAUCAGAUGAUGAUAUUGAUGAUAAUACAUAUUAGUGUAUAGCUUAUUGCUUAUUUUUGUUAUUUAUGAUUAUUAAGGUGACCGAUCUUUUCCUUAGUCUUUUAGGUUUUUAUUAUUUUAAAUUUGCUUGCAUAUAUGUAGGCUUUUAAUGGCAAAUCUCAUUUAAAUACUUCUAAAUAUCGAGAAUCGCCAUCUGCCUUCCCUACCAGAUCAGUCAAUAUCACUGAUACGAUUAUUCAACAGCGUCCAUUAGUUACAAUUAUUCGUGAACCAGGUGCUUUACGGGAAAAAAAUAUUACAUUAACUGAAAAGGAAAUAAAAACCCUACGUAAAAAAGUGAGUGAUUUGGGAAUUUUUCAACCCCUGUUAUACAAAUUUCUGGGUCACGAUAAAAAGAUCAAUGAGGCAGCUAAAACUCAAUGUGAAAGCUUUUUUGUUUUUAAAUUUUCUUGACAUUAAUUUGCAAAUUCGCAUGGCAUAAUAAUAACCCGAACAAAGUUUCAUAUGUUUAUUUUUUGUCAUAUACUGGUGCUGAGUGAUGUCAUUCUGAUCCGAAUUUUCUUUUAACUUUUCACACAGUUGGGUUGCUGCUUUGGUGGUCCUUAGACUACUGUUUCUUGUGUAUCCCUGUUUUCAUACCUUAUUUCUAAUCUAUAUUAAUAAUCAUAACUGGUAUUACUUUUGAAAAUUGGAUUUAUUAUACUUUGAUUAAGAUAUUUUAUAAAAUAUUCGAAUAUUUUUUGAUUCAUUUAGUCUCUUUUGACUGAUGACAUUAAUGACUACUCAUCGACACCCCAUCAUCAUGCACCUGCUACUGGAAUCGACUCUUCAUUUUCGCCGGACUACGAUGUUGCGCCAGUUAUCAUCGAAUAUGACAUGGAUAGUAGCUCCCGCAAACCCCCUACUCCGUCCCGUGUUUCAGACUACGCCAAUCCAGAAGACCUUGGUGCUACGGAAAUGAUAUCUAUAGGUCAGAAGGACGUCGAUUAUCGUACUGCAGACUAUGUUAAUAUGGAUGUGCAACGAUCUAAUUCUGGUCCCGUUGUAUUAUCAACAGAAAAAGAAAAUAAAGAUAUUCCUACUUCAGAGUCUCCGCGUACUGCAGCAUCCGAAAUUUUUAGUGAAUGUAAGUUUUGUGCAUUAUCUAGCUUUGUUUGGGAUAAUCUGAUUGGAAAAUUUUCUGGUCGUAUUCUAGCUGUGUUCAUAACUAGGUUCAUGUUGGGGACGUUAGAUCCCCAGAACUCACUUGGGAAAGGACCUAAUUUUGUAAUUUUAUUUAGUUUUCACGCCAAAGGCGCUCUUGUCACCUUCAUCUCGUAUUUCCCACUGGCAAAUAUCUUAAAUACUAUUGAUCCGUUGCGUCUUUUAAUAUGGUAUUUGGUAGCUCUCCCCAAGGACGGUUUUGUACUGUAUAUAUACGUUUUGAAUUGUGUUUGUUUUCACCGCUCGUUUCUGGCUGUUUGCAGAAUAUACUUCCCCAUUCCAAGCUUGAACUUCUCCCCUCUAGUUAGCGGGGCUGGGAGGCAUCAAUAGCUAGCUUACUGGUCUUUGGUCACCGAGUCUUGUUUCUCGUUCGCAGAUUAAGUGAACUCGUGAUAGCUUCAACCCUUACAGUUCAUUUUUAGUGCAGCGAAGUUUUCUAUUGAUUUUUAUGAGUAGUAAUCGAUAAACAUAUCGGACUUAAAGUUUACUUUUUGAGGUUAUGUAUUCAGUUGGUUAGGUUGGUGGUAUUUACGACAAAUAAAUUAGUAACAGGAACGAGUGAGUAGAUAAUCCGCAAGCAGACUAUCUAUUUUUCGGUUUAUUUAGGACUGUCAAGCCAGGUCUUGUGAUUAAUGAUAACAUACUAAUCUCAAUUACUUUUGUAUUCCAAACACAUAUUUCAUAACUUUUUUGCUUCCAAAUUUGACUUCCAAGUUAAUGAAUGGUAGAAAGUGAUUAGAUACCCGACCACAGUUUGCUUGAAACAUUAGUUAGGAUUUCCACCUUAUAGUUAUUGCUUACUUUAAAUUUUACUUAAGCUGUUUGCUGUGCAUAGCAUAAUCACCAUCGGUUUACUUGGUCUUCUAAUAAUGUUAUAUAUUCAGUUCAAUGUGCAUUGCACAUGUUAAUAAGUUUACAUUUGUUCUUUUAUUGUUUCUUCCAUAUCUUCAAGAUUUCUACCGUUUUCGCUAAUUUAAUUGUUUUUAAUUGCCUUUGAUUCAUAGUAUCAUCAAACAAAUCCACAACAAUACUCAGUAUGAUUGAUUUCCGCACUGUGGCUGUACUUGGGCGUGGUCAUUUCGGCAAAGUAUUGCUAUCUCAAUACCACCGAGAUAAUAAGUACUAUGCUAUAAAAUCUUUAAAGAAGGCGGAGAUAAUCUUUCGUAAUGAGGUCGAUACAUUAUUGACAGAAAAACGCAUUUUGCAAAUCAUUACCGAUGCACAACAUCCUUUCCUCAUAAACUUGAUUGCCUGCUUCCAGACAAAGGUAUGUCCUAUUUUUCACUUAUAUUUCAGUUAGUCUUAACCAUAGUUCAUGUAGAAUCUUGUGCAAACAUGUAUCCCUCCAGGUUGUCACACCACAUGAGGGCAGCCUGCUUGAAUACCUGAGUUACCUGUUCCCGCCAUCUGGAUAUUCCAACAAGUUAUCUGUUUUCUUGUUUGUUUUAACACAUCAUUAUGCCUAUUUGUCUCAUAACCUAUUCAGGUGCGUUUGUGAAAAGUUUACUACUUUUCGAUGCACAACUUACAAAAGAGCCUAAUCCGAGACAUCGUGGUUGCCGGAAAUGUGCAUCGAAAAUAAUAUAAAUUAUUCAGAUGUCGAUUCCUGAACUGCUAACAUAUAACUGGUGACCACUAAAUAUUUAUCGGAAGGGUCGGUCAAGAAAUAAGGAAAAGAGAAUUGUCGAAAUACUUUGUACUGAGAAUUCUGUAUUGUACCAAAAAUGUAAUUUUGAAUAAAGCUAUAAAUAAUAAUAAUAUCAACAAAAAAGGAAUAGAGAACACUCAAUUUGAACUGCAGUGGGUAUCAAAGAAUAAGAGAAAGUACAGAAGGAAGAAAACAGAUGAGAGAAUUAUUAGUUACUUACGAUACUUAGAUAGUUAAAGGUAAUUCAUUCAUAUAUACAUUCAAAUAUGUAUUAUAAGUAUUGCGGGGGUCUCAAUCUGUAAGUUUUAACCUAUCCACACGAUCUUUAUUAACAAUUGAUGACUUGAUAGAUUGGUAUCAUAUCUUAACAUGUUCUUUCCCCGUUAUUUUCCAACAUACUCUAUGCUACCCAACACUGCAUAUUCGUUUAUGUGGUGUUUAAGCAUAAGUAGCACAGGUGGAGAUUUGUAGCUCAGGUGGAUGAUCUAAGUGAAGUUUUUUUCUCUGAGCUGGAUUGUUUGGUCGUGGAGCUUUCAUUGUUCUUCUGAACGACAUCAUCAGCACAAACUUCGGGUAGAAGUGAAGUGCUCGAAUUCCUUCACAUAUGACUCACAACUUGUCCUGUAGACCCCGAUAUUGAUUGGUUAUUGUUGUUGGCCUUUAACCUGUCGCUGUCUACUUCUCUAUUUUGGUUGCAUCUUCUUGGUCCUAUAUUUGUCCAUGAUUUUUCUGAUUGGUUGAUACGUCAGAUUCAUUUCAAUGUGGUUGCUGAUUGACCAGAGUUCCAAGCUUCUAAAACUUCGUUGGUGUUUUUAGAAUUGCCUCUAUCCAAGGUCUCAACAUUUUUCCAGUCAAAUUUGUAUUCACAGUUGUCCACAUGCAUUGAUAUAAGCGAGGAUAUGCCAUGGCAUUUGACUGCUAAUUGUUGUUCGUGCAGGCAAAGGUGAAGGGAGCGUCCACUUUGUCCAAUAUAGUGAUUUUCCCAGUUGAACCUUAAUUUUGUGGAUGAUAUUCGGAUUUUUCUUCCUUCGUCAUUUCAUCAUUUGGUUUACAUAGGAUUGGUUAAAGUGAUUUUGCUAAUCUAUGUGCUACACUUAAUGCAGACGGUUCCACCUAAGUAGAAUAUGUCCUAAACAGCUCAGUUGAUGGAGAUAUAUAAUGUCAUCAAUAUAUUUGCUCUUUUUACUUUUAAUCCACCCUAUUUAUACAGUACUUCCAAGACACCUGUGAGCAAAUACUUGUAGCUUACUUGUGUUUUUUACUUUUAUAUCCAAUGAUUCACAGAUAUAGAGUGAGAGCUACUUUUUCACUGCUUACCCUUUAUGUUUCAGUUUUUCGUGUAUUGUAUCUCUUAGUUUCGUUAAUAAUCAAUAAUCGUUUCGUUGUUCAUCUAUCGUAUUGUCCCCAAGAUAUUAGUUAAUUAUCACUUAUUUUCAAUACUUUCCCAGUUAUUGUUUUUUAAAUAUUAUUUCUCAGGUCAACUUAUUUUGAUUUAAGUAAUCUCCAUUCACUGCUCCAAAAAUGCUCAUCUAAACAACUUGAUUUAUUACCCUUUUCUAGUUAGGCACAUUAAAACUGGUGACAAAUGUUACUUCCACUCGAUCUCUGGUUUACCUGUUAGCUUAUUGCAUAGUAAGGCUAACAACUGAGGUCACAAUUGGGCAGUUCUGAAACGAAGCUGACCCAGAUAUUGCUUGGUAAGAUUUACGAACUGCUGUAGAAACACCAGCGACAUCUAUUAUUGAUUUAAACCAAAGGGUCACGGAAAACCAGUUCAUUUCUGCUAAGUCUAUUGCGCUGAUAGAUUCUCGUAAACUCAGGCUCUGAACACAAUUGAAAGCGAAAACAAAUAAUCUGAAUGGAAAAUCGACCUCAGUCCCCAACUGCUAGUGAGGCUGGAAAUAAUGUAACUAGUCAAAAGCAAGGAGAAUAGCAGAUCCUAGUAGAUUAACCUCAAAGAUCUCCAAGAAUGGUGGUCCAGUUUCAACAGUUACAUCACCUGCGAUCAACGGUGGUCUUGAGUGCUGUUAGAGGUGUGAAGGCGCUUAUCACUUCCUGGUUGCCCACACCGUGGAACGGUUCUUCUGGAGGUACCUGAGAAGGAAAUUGGAUUAGAGGUGGUCUGUAACUCUUCUAGAGCUACUGCCGGUCCCAAGCCCAGGUAAACGAGGAGAGUUGGGCAUGGGGUUAGCGACCCCAUACCGUAGGAAACUAAAUCGCGGGAGAGAUGCUGUUAUACUCCGGUCACGAAGAGGAAAAUGCUCCACACACUCAGGAAGUUGCUCUAAUGCUGUCCAAAGUAGCACGAAAUGCACUUGUAGGAUGGGAAUCUCACGGAUCCAGAAUCAUCAAAGCAUCAUUCAAAACAAAGAAGGGGGGAUCACAAUGAAUAUUAUCCAAUGUUAUGCACCCACCAAUGAUAGCAACGACGACAUUAAAGAUCAAUUCUAUGAGAGGCUGCAAUCAAACAUAGAGAAGUGCCCAAGAAAGGACUUCACCAUUCUGAUGGGAGAUCUAAACGCCAAAGUCGGAAUAGACAACACCGGAUAUGAAGAUAUCAUGGGACGACAUGGAUUGACUGGGAGAGAGAAACGAAAAUGGAGAAAGAUUUGCAAAUCUGUGUGCAUUCAGCAAAUUGGUCAUAGGCGGCACAAUAUUUCCACACAAGCGUAUACACAAGGCUACAUGGAUCUCACCGGACCACACCACAGAGAACCAGAUAGAUCAUAUUUGCAUCAAUAAAAAGUUCCGAAGGAUAAUAAGAGAUGUGAGAAGCAGGAGAGGAGCUGAUAUAGCUUCAAAUCACCACCUAGUUGUGGCCAAUUUAAAACUGAAGCUAAAGAAGAACUGGACAACUGGACAAACAGCAUAACAUUAGUUCAGUACAGCCUUCCUUCGAGAUACUGACAAACUUAAUGAAUUCAAGAUAGCUCUCAACAACAGGUUCCAAGCCUUAUAGGAUCUACUGAAAGAAGAAGAAACUAGUAUGGAGGACAACUGGAAAGAUAUCAAAGAAACAUUAACUUCAACGUGUCAAAAGGUUUUGGGCCUCAAGAAGCAUCAUCAUAAGGAAUGGAUCUCUAUAGAAACACUGGACAGGAUCAAAGAAAGGAAGAACAAGAAGGUAGCAAUUAACAACAGCCGGACACGAGCAGAGAAAGUCCAAGCACAAGCUGAAUACAUAGAAGCAAACAAGCAAGUGAAGAGGAGCAUUAGAGCCGACAGGAAGAAAUACGUGGAAGAAUUAGCAACGACGGCAGAAAAAGCUGCAAGAGAAGAAAAUAUGAAGCAGCUUUACGUUACAACGAAAAAACUAGCAGGAAAAUACAGUAAACCAGAGAGACCGGUCAAAGACAAAGAAGGCAAGUCAAUCACUGAAAUUCAACAACAACGGAACAGAUGGGUAGAGUACUUCGAGGAACUCCUGAAUAGGCCGGCUCCAAUGAAUCCACCGGACAUCGAAGCAGCGCACACAGAUCUUCCUAUAGGUGUCAAUCCACCAACGACGGAAGAAGUCAGAAUGGCCAUCAGACAAAUCAAGAGCGGUAAAGCAGCAGGACCCGACAAUAUACCAGCUGAAGCACUGAAGUCAGACAUCGAAUUAACUACAAACAUGCUUUACCGUCUAUUCAAAAAGAUUUGGGAGGAGGAACAAGUGCCGAUGGACUGGAAAGAAGGACACCUCAUCAAGAUUCCGAAGAGAGGAGAUCCGAGCAAAUGUGAAAACUACAGAGGCAUCACACUACUGUUUUUAACAGAGUGUUGCUGAACCGGAUGAAAGAUACGGUAGACGCACAACGGAAAAACCAAGGUCCUCAAAUACAACACGGAGAACAGCAAUUCAAUCACUCUUAAUGGCGAAACUCUGGAAGAUGUAGAAUCCUUCACAUAUCUGGGAAGUAUCAUCGAUGAACAAGGAGGAUCGGAUGCACACGUAAAUGUGAGGAUUGGCAAAGCAAUGGCCGCAUUCGUACAAUUGAAGUUCAUAUGGAACUCAAAACAACUUUCAACUAAUAUCAAAAUCACAAUCUUCAAUACAAACGUCAAGGCAGUCAGUUCUAUUGUACGGAGCUGAAACAUGGAGAACUACUACAACCAUCAUCAAGAAGGUGCAAGUAUUUAUAAAUAGCUGUCUACGCAAGAUACUCAACAUCCAUUGGCCGGAUAGCAUCAGCAACAGCCUUUCGUGGGAGAGAACAAACCAGCUUCCAGCUGAAGAAGAAAUUAAGAAAUGACGAUGGAAAUGGAUAGGACAUACAUUACGCAAAUCAUCAAACUGCAUCACGAGGCAAGCGCUAACUUGUAAUCCUGAAGGGAAACGGAAAAGAGGAAGACCAAAGAACACAUUGCGUUGGGAAUUGAGAGUAAAUAUGAAAAGGAUGAAAAAUAACUGGAAAGGAUUGCCCAGGAUAGAGUUGAAUGGAGGGUGCUGAUGGGUGGCCUAUGCUCCUUCACGCGGAGUAACAGGCGUAAAUAAGUAAGUAGUAAGUGGUCUUAAUGACCUGAGAGCGUGACCGCAGUGCCCAAGGGACAUCUGCUUGAGGUCGGUCAUACACGACCUUUUUGUGAGUAAUUUUCGUGUUAGCUCCGUACUUGUUGAGACCUUACCGCCGGAGAUGGAUAUCCGUGGGAUAAGGCGAAGUGUGCAUGAUUAGGAUCGACAUUUUAUAACCACACCGCUCCUUGUGGGGAGGCAGCGUCGCUGUCAUGCUGGCGGUUUGAAGGAAAUAUCUUACUGGUGUCACACCUCUGUACAGUCUGCAGUACUACUCCGCCUUCGGACAUUGGGUUUGUUGCUUUUAGUCUUACCGUUCUUGAACCGAGCUGUCUGGCAUGGUAGGACCUCGAGGAAAGAUUGUUCCAGUAUGCCUCGAUUGUUUCAUGAUGAUGGGCAAGCCCGACCACUGCGUCAAGGUAGCAACAACGGUCGGGACCACCUGCGAUACUAAUAAGAGGCUGGGGAUUGGACAUAAUCCCAUCUGAAUGGUCGUGAUCUCUGAUCGUCCAAGUCUACAGGAAAGAACGAAAAUUCUGUUGUUACAGGAAUCAGGUUGGCUAAUGUUACUAUCUAAAAUAUCGGCCUCAACAUCCAGCGCUUGACUAAGCCGUAUCAAAGAGAUAUAUCAACCUUGUUUAGGCUCUCAGCAGCACUUUUUUCAUCUUCACUUAAUUUCACCAUAAAUUUUUUUAGAAAUAAUCCUUUCAUCGUUCAAAUCUUCGACAAUAUAUCCUUUAUCAGGAAAUUCAGUUAUUGAAUUAAGAUCUCCAGAUACUGACAAUAGCCAGUCUCUUGAUCGUCUUGAACGGCACUGUUAGCAUGUUUGGGAUUCAAUACUAUCCCGCUUCAUGACUGGUCUGUGCCAACGCCUGAAGUAGUAAUUAACGUGGUUGAGCGCAUAUACCACUUCUCUUAUCGUGAAAGUCUCAUCAUCUCUACUGAUUUGGUGCAUGACUUAAUCUCGGUACAGACUCAGACAGCUUAGUGGGUCUUUGCCAAAUCGCAUCACUUAUGACUUGGGAUAGAUAUCCGUCUGCCAACAAAUGGACAAGUUUCUUGUGCGGCAGUUCACUCUGUUCCACAUUACUGAUAUGUGGAGCACGAGCAUUAAAAAUGGGGGGCUAUUUGUGAUUUACUAGUAUUCGAUCUCAGGUGCGAUGUUCGAAGCGUCGCUCAUGUAGUUUGGGACAACUGAGUGAUGAACAGUGUCGAGGUUAGACAUGGGUACUGGGUAAAGACGGCGAAUCGACUGACGAAGUAGUGAAACUUCAUGAACUGAGGUGAUUAGGAGAUGUAUUUUAUAUUUGAAACCAAUGGCAACUUGGACGGACGAUGUAGGAGUAGUAUGCUAGAAGGAGGUUAGGUGGAUGGAGAGCACGUAGUUGGUGUUUGUGGGAUUACGGUAACCAAUGGUUAGAGACUCCGAGUGACGUGACUGAAAAUCGUUGUUAGUGGCUCAGUUGCAUUCACUGUUUGACUUCCAUAAGUUCUUGAAUCCCGACCUUUCCUUACACUUUUUUUCAGUACCUAAUCGUUUCUACUUGUACUACCAAUGCUACUGAUAUCGUUACUACUUCUACUACUCUGGUAUCUGUUUCCAAAUAAUUUCAUCUCACUGUGCUAAUGAUGUAUGUUAACUGGAACCAAUGCACAUAUGUGUCUGGUUCGAUAAUAUUCAUCUUUUUCCGGUUGUUUGUUGUGUCCAUUAAACUGUGUACCAUAAAUUAGAUUUUCUCAGUUGCGGUAAAUGCUAAACCUUACAUUGACCAAUUUUGCCUUUAUUAUUAUCAACCGCCACUGAAACGUAAUGGGUAUUUAGACAAUAGUGAAUUUUGAUUAAGCUUAAAAAUAUACAAAACAAAAUGUCAUAUUAUUUAUCAAACUUAGCUCUCAAGCAAAGUACUAGCCGGCAAACGUACUGACAUAAGUUCCGUUUACUAACAGUUGGAAAGAAUGGCAAGCAACCACAAAUCAACAAACAUGCAAACUAAUAAUAAUAAUAAUAAGUUUAACGAUGAACAAUGCAAAUACUGGGGGACAUUCAUGAAUUGGGAUGUGACUAAGUAUUUGGAAGUCAUUGACAGUUUUUACAGACAUAUUCAAAAUAUGUGAGCUUCGAAAAUUUUGUAGACAUUUAUCUCAAUAGCUUGACUCUGAUGGCCUGUGAUGGAACUGAUAUAAGCUUUUUUCUUAGAAUUUAUCAACAAGAAAUGUUCUAUGAAGCUUUUGAAUAUACUGUUAUGAAAAAUUUAUAAACAAUUCCCAUACUUCAUCUAUUGAUUCUGUCUACAAAAAUAUAACAUUCAAAUUGAAUAUUAUAAUUAAUUUACCACCUCUUUCACACACAGCUACUGCUUUAUACAACACUUCUCAAAAGAUUUAAUGAGCUGGUUAUAUAAGAAAAUUUUUCAAAUUAAGCAUUCUCUAGCCAACUGGAAAGAGUCAUCCAGAGAUAACAUCUGUAAAUCUAUGUCUUUUGUACACCUACUAAUGUUAAAGUAUACUGUAUUUCAAAUAAUUUUAUUUAAUGUUUACGUUUAUUAUAUAUUACUAAUGAAUUCUGUUUUCUGUGUUGGUUUACAUGAACUCAAUUCUAUUUCUUCUGGCAUAAAUCAUUAUUGAUUUUUAGUUAUUGUUAUUUCUUGUCAGAUAUAACUUAUUAUUUACUUUGUUUUCAUUUGUUAUCAGGAACACGUAAUGUUUGUGAUGGAGUAUGCACAAGGUGGUGAUCUCAUGUCACUUAUUCAAAAAAAUGUGUUUAAAGAACCUCAAGCUGUGUUUUAUGCUGGAUGUGUUGUUUUAGGUAUCGAAUUCCUUCACUCAAAAAAAAUUGUUUACCGAGAUCUGAAACUGGAUAACUUGUUGUUGGAUUCGGAAGGUUUUGUAAAGAUGGCUGAUUUUGGUUUAUGUAAGGAAGGCAUGGGUCCAGAUGAUCGAACUUCCACAUUCUGUGGGACGCCGGAGUUUUUGGCCCCUGAAGUUCUCACAGAUUCUUCGUACACACGUGCUGUAGAUUGGUGGGGCUUGGGUGUUCUCAUUUUCGAGAUGCUCGUCGGCGAAGUAAGCAUAAUAAAAAUUUAUAUUUUGGGUGUUUGGUCUUUAUCUGUUUUAAAUCCGUCUGGUUAAUCUAUAUCGCUGGACAAAUAUAUAUUUACGUCGAUAUUUCCAAAUCAGGAAGGGUUCGGUGCUUUUAGUUGUUAACCACAAAUAAUCUGAAUAUUAAAAUUCCUAACUUUCUAAAGUUCUUGUGACAAUCAUUUUUCUAUUUUUAGUGCCCCUUCCCUGGUGAAAGUGAAGAAGAAAUUUUUGACAGCAUUGUUAAUAAAAGCGUUUGCUACCCUAAUUAUUUGAGCAUGGAAGCUAAGUUAAUAAUGGGGCGCCUGCUUCGUCGGAAUGCUGCACAGCGUUUAGGAUCUUCAGCUCAAGAUGCAGAAGAAAUUAAAAGACAACCAUUCUUCCGUAAACUAGAUUUCCAAGCUCUCUUGGCGCAAAAAAUAAAACCACCAUUUGUUCCUGUUGUUGUAAGUUAUUUGAUAUUUAUAUUGAAUAUUGGUUAAAACUUUAUCGCUUCAUUGGAGUGUCGUAACAAUUAUUACAGUUCUUUCUCCUUAAACACAGUAGAUCAACUAUAGUGAACCGUUAUUUUUGUAAUAUUGGUUCCUCAUUAACUCCAUAUAUAAGUAUGCUUUUACGUUCAUUCCUAAAAAUUCCUGCUAAGUCUUAUACAAGUGUUUUAUCUUUCGUUAAGUUCAACAGACUUCAAACCUUUUGAUUGAUCAUGUCUCUUUUGUGAUUUUAAUUCCAGUCUGGUCCUGAAGAUGUUUCAAAUUUCGAUGAAGAAUUCACCAGGGAAAAAGCAGUUCUUACACCAACUAAACAACGUCCGCCUCUUCUAGAUGCAGAUCAGUUAAAUUUCUCUAAUUUUGACUAUUAUUCACACUUAGUGUAAUUCCGUAAACGUUUAUCGUUUAUCCAUAUGUAUCUUUUUUUAGGAUAUGGUUACCGGGAUAGUGUAAAAAAAGUAUACCUACAUGUUUGUUUUCUAUUUGUGACCCUAUUUCAUCCCUUAUCUAUCCUCUAUUUUAAACACCCUUUUCUCAAUUGUUUGUUAGUGUCUUCCAUAGUUCAUUUACGGGUGCUUUUAAAACUUUUAAUAAAAAUAUAAAUAAACAUUUUAUCACUUUUUAAAUACAAAAGACUAACUUAUCAUUGACUAAACUGAAUACUUGGUAUCCUUUUCAAUCAUUCCUGUUUGUUAAUUAGUGCCUUUAUGUGAAGGCAGUAUUAUGUGAUUUCCAAAUUCACCAAAGUUGUAUUUUUGUUUCUUCCUUUAUUUAAUCUUAACUCUGAUUUUGCCUUGGGCCUUUUGUUUGAUUUCUAAAGCCAUUUUAUGUAUGUAUUACUGUCCAUAUGUUUGCUUUCAUUUUGCAACAAUAUUAUUUUAUUUGUUUCAACAGGAAUAUUUUAUCUCUAUAUGCGUAUAUUGCUUAUCUUUUUCUCUUCCUCUCUAUCUCUUUUGGUCAGAUUGCUAGUAGUAAUUAUGUUCUUUCUUGUCUGUACCGAACAAUUACAUGUUAGAUAGCCCCGAUUGUAUAAUUUUUUUCGUGUGUUGUUUUUUUGUUCAGAGCAAUCAGAGUAAAUAACCAGUAUAUAUACUCAUUGAUAAACAUAAACAUCUGUAAAAAUGUUUUGGAAUUCUUAAAUGUACUUAUUGCAGUUUUUCCUCAUGUAUGUAUAUUCGUUUUUCAAAGGAGUGGGCAUACCCUUGAAAUGAUCGUUCAGUAGUUUUCGACUUCCAAACAUGUUCAAACUUCAGUUUCAAUAGCCAAAGUUUAUCAUUAGUCCUCGCAUCUGAAUUAUGCCUCAAAGUUAAGCGUACAACUCUUUAUUUGGUUAAUAAUCUCAGUAAUCGAUCAAUUUAUCACAGUUGAAUGAAAUUAUUGUUUGGCCCCCAAGCAUACCUGUCCUUAUGAUAAACAUAUAAGCUAUAGCUAGGUUUUGAACUUCCUAUUGACGAUAUUGAGUGACCUUAACACUCUCCAGGCUACAAUCCACUACAGUUAUUAGGUCGCGCUUCUGUCGUCAUAAACCAAACAAAGGAGUCUGGGUAGCGAUUAGUUUUGUUCUCUGUUGUUUCAGAUUUCUCGAAAAAUAUUUGCAUCGGGUAAUCUGUGAUGCUAGGCCCUGGAAUCAAUCGUAAUUUCCAAUGUGGUAGAUUUUUACAACUUCGAAAUCAUUCUGUAUAAAAAGAUAAAUUUAUCUAGGCAACCAACUGUUUUCACUAAAUUGAUAAGUCAAUAUGAAUGUAGGCGUACUUUUUGUUGGUUCAUAGAAUGAUUAAAUAUUGGGUGUUAUCGUGUGUCAGGAAUUUAUUAACUUAUGAUCACAGUUAUAUCAUGCAAUAUAUUAAAGCCUCAGUUAUUAUUAAUAACUAAUUAUUUCGAUUUUUUUAGUCAUAGUAUAUUCAUUCACAUAAUUUUCACACUGUUUAUAAAGAACUCUUGGAUAUACAGUAAACAAAUCUAUCAUGUGUUAUCGAUUCAUGGCUUUGUCUGAUAUCUCGCAAAUAAACAGACAACCACAAUGCUGGUUAUUAUUAUUAUUUUUGUGGUUAGUUUGUUUUUAAAAUAUUUUUUAUGUAAUUUAACCUGAAAAUAUUCUCGUUCUAAAUCAAUAUUGGACUUUGGUGUAGCACAAACAUAUAGAGUAGUUACUUUUCAUCAACUUUUUUUUAGUCAGUCAGUCAGCUACAACGUAGGACCAGGCACAUAUAUGCAUCGGUCCAAGUUGCCAUACUACAUUAACACAACAAGAUGGACACCGGAUUCAUAAAAGUAGUUAAUUGAGAGGUGGUAAUAUAUAAAAGAAAGAUUGCAAUAAGGAUACAGUACAGGAAGAAAGAAUUAGUUCGUAGAAAGAAAGACAUGAAGCGAUUUUAAUCUCUUAGUUUAAGGGAAGACAGAUAGUGUAUACAUUGGUAUAUAUUGCACAAGCUGUAAUGAUAGUGUGAAUUGAAGAGAUUCCACCUAGCUGUGUUUUGCACAACAGUUUGGUGUUAAGCUUUCUGCUUGAGCUGAGUUGGUGAGUGCAGAAAAUAUUUUAGACCUAGUUUAUUCAUCUAAAUAAUGAUGAAAGCGAAUUUCUUGAAAAAUGUGAACUGUCGCACGUACUAUUGGGACUUUUUAAGCCACAUCAUAGCGAGUGAGCCAACUCAAUUUACCAAGUGUGCCCAACCGUUGUCUACGCAAGAUACUCAAUAUCCGAUGGCCGGAUAGCAUCAGUAAUAACCUACUGUGGGAGAGGAAGAGCCAGCUUCCAGCUGAAGAGGAAAUUAGGAAAAGACGAUGGAAACGGAUAGGACAUACAUUACGCAAAUCAUCAAACUGCAUCACGAGGCAAGCGCUAACUUGUAAUCCUGAAGGGAAACGGAAAAGAGGAAGACCAAAGAACACAUUGCGUUGGGAAUUGAGAGUAGGUAUGAAAAGGAUGAAAAAUAACUGGAAAGGAUUGCCCAGGAUAGAGUUGAAUGGAGGGUGCUGGUGGGUGGUCUAUGGUCCUUCAUGAGGAGUAACAGGCGUAAGUAAAUAAACCCGACCGUUGGUAACACCUAUCGUAAUGAACUAAUCAAGCUAUACUGUCUGGAACAAUCGUUCUUCAAAGUCCUCUCCCUCGAAAUGCAAAAUCCUGCUACCGGAUUAGGUUACAUCGGCACCUGAACUAAUGAUAGGGAGAGAAGUAGUUGAGAGUGUCGACCGCUUCACUUAUCUUGGGAGUUUCAUCAGCCCUUGUGGUCUGGUGUGUUAUGAAAUCUCAGCACGGAUACAGAAGGCUCGACUGGCUUUUACCAACUUGCGUCAUUUAUGUUGUAGUCGAGAUAUUCGUCUAUCAACCAAAGGACGGGUUUACUGCGUAGCAGUUCGUUCCUACAUUAUGGCUGUGAAACAUGCCCGGUAAGAGUAGAGGACAUUCGUAGGUCACUAGUAUUCGAUCAUAGGUAUCUUCGAAGCAUCGCUCGUAUAUUCUGGGACCAUCGAGUAAGUAACACAGUUGUUAGGAAACGGGUACUAGGUAAGGAUGGUAAAUCAAUUGACGAAGUAGUUAAAUUUCAUCAGUUGAGAUGGCUGGGGCACGUGUUACGUAUGCCCAACCAUUGACUGCCUCGAUCUGCGAUGUUUUGUUGUAUAGAAGUAGAUUGGAAGAAAGCUAGGGGUGGCCAGACCAAAACAUGGCACAAGUCCAUGAAGUCACUGACAAGUAGACUGAGUCAUAUUGGUAGGUGUAGACUACGUGGUUGGGGACCGCGAGAUGAUAGCAACCGAUGGUUAGAGACCUUGGAUGACAUGGCUCAAAACCAUUCGCAAUGGCGCAGGUGCAUCCACUCUUUGUGUUCUCCCAAAUUCUAAUCUUCUG